CACAGCGGUCUGCAGAAGACAUGCAUGUGGCUGCGGGAGUUUUAUCAUGUCUACAGUGCAGCAGGUGUCUGCACUGACUACCAAUGCAUCUUGGCUACAGUUGGAUAACUGCGACGAGCACACCCCUCCAUCUUCACGCACCCUACUCCUUGUUGGAUACAGUAUAUUGAUGCCCCUGGGAGUUAUCUUGAACGGGGUGUCCCUCUUUGUGUUUCUCCGUUGGCUACGGCCUCUCACAGUAGUCGGAACCUUCCUGUGUAACCUGGCACUCAGCGACCUCCUCUUCUCCCUCUCGCUGCCGCUGAGGAUAUAUUUCUAUGCAAACAACAACUGGCCCUUCGGUUCCUUCCUCUGUCGCCUCUCUGGAUCCAUCUUCCAUAUCAACAUGUAUGGCAGCUGCCUCUUCCUCUUUUGUAUUAACGUGGACCGCUACCUGGCCAUCGUGCACCCUCUGCGGUUCCGCCACCUGCGCAGGCCCAAGGUGGCUCGCCUGACUUGUCUAUGUGUCUGGCUGAUGAUCAUCAGCGGUUCGGUGCCAGCUGCCCUUGUACAUGACUCGAAAGAUUGCUGGAACGGACAUGAAACUAUUCACCGCUGUUUUGAGGGUUUGAGUAGUUGGGACAGGUUCUUGCUUCCACUGCUGUUGGUGGCGGAGGUGAUUGGUUUUCUGUUGCCCCUUACCGCCGUGGUGUACGGUUCCAGCCACGUGUUCUUUGAGCUGUGCCGGGCAGCAGAAGGAGGCGCAAAGCGACAUCGCAAAACCAUCCGAUUGCUCAUCCUCAACCUUAGUAUCUUCCUGUUUUGUUUUGUCCCAUACAACUCCACUCUGGUUGGGUAUGGCCUUCUCCGGUCCGGACUUGUACCUGACCCGUGGGACUCAAGAUCUACGUUAAAGAGAAUUAUCUCAAUCACCGUCCUACUGGCCAGCACCAACUGUGCCCUUGACCCGUUGGUUUAUUACUUUAGCACUGAGGGCUUCCAAAAGACAAUAAGUCAAAUUGUGCGCACAAGUAAAUCCUCCAAGGGGAAGAAGAAGCCCAUCAGGAUUAUAGACGGCAUUGUGGCUUCUAACCAGACUACAAACGUGAAAAGCUUCGGAGUUACUACUGAAUCCUGCAAAGACUUUGAGAAUACUGAAAAGAAACUGUGUCCGGCUACGUUAGGUGUGACCAAUGGCAAUGAGAGGAAGAGAAUGAUUGAGGAAUCUGAGAUUUAA